AUGCCGGCAUGCGCAUCGUGCAAGCAUCAGAGGAAGAAGUGCACUGACAAGUGUGUGUUGGCACCGUUCUUUCCAGUAAACAAAAGUCGAGAAUUCCAAGCUGUGCACAAAGUGUUUGGUGUGAGCAACGCGACCAAAAUUGUGAAAAAUCUCAAGGAAGAAGAUAGGAAAAAAGCCAUAGAUUCAUUGGUGUGGGAAGCAUUUUGUCGGCUAAAAGAUCCAAUCUUAGGUCCAUAUGGAGAAUACAGAAAAGUGUAUGAGGAGCUUAAAUUGUACAAAAGCAGCCAAUACCAACAGAUCCUCCAAGUACCAGAAGAAGGAGGUGGCAUGGUUUACGAACCAACAAGUUUGGUUGGAUGGAACAAUACUAAUACUAAUACUAAUAAUAAUGCGAUAAUACAUAAGGGUACAAGUAUGGUUGGAGUAGCUAAUUAUAACAAUAAUAAUACCAAUUAUAUUCAUCACAACAAUGGAAAUUCUAUUUCAAAUUCAAGUCCAUAUACUUACUCUUUAAAUCACCAUAAUAUCCAUGGUAUGGAGAGAAUAAGGCAAGAAAGGCAUGUUGGUUCUGCAGUAGAUGUAGUUCUACCUCAACAAAAUUCUGUCAAUAGCUUAAACCAGCAGUACUAUCUUUAA